UUCCUCUACCCCUCCCUAGGAAUGGAGGAACGAGGAGGAGAGCAUUGGUCUACUUCCUCUCGUCGUGUGUUCAUGGCAAAGUGGCCAGGUCAAGGCUUGUGAGGUCAUUCCAUAAGUUGAAAACUUAUCUUAGCAUAGAGCAGCUCCUCCAUAGGUUCCUGUGCUGCAAGAUUACCGCGCCUCGUAUUGACACGUCUUCGCAGCUACUGCAGCAUUUUAUUGCCUGAACACUGGAGUUGACGCUAGCGCUGAUUAGCAGGAGACGGUAAGGUGACCGAAACGAAGCUGGUAGGUCACAUUAGCCUUCACAAUGGAGAAUUCUUCCGGCGAUAAUCCUCCGACAAACCUCUACAUUGACCCAGAAGCAUCCGGCGAUAAUACUCUGCAACCAUCAGCUGAUAGCUCUCUCCCAUCGUCAUCAACCCCUGCGGAACGCCGAUGCGCCGUAUGUUCAUGCAAGCUCCCCACCUCAUCGCUACGCUCCGCGAAAUCUCUUCCCGCACCGAAGCAUUUUAAGUUCGACUUACGGGAGCGCGACGACGACGACGAUGACGACGACGACGACGAAAACUCGCCGUCUCGUCGAGGAGGUCGAGGAGAGGAGCAAAAAGUCAUGGCUGCGUCCUCACCUUCCGUUUCGCCUAACAUUGUUCCCCGGCGGAUUACUCAGGUCUCAGGAUCUCCUCUUCUCUGCAGCCAUUGCGCUCCAAGAAAGUCCCGACAGGUUCACUUCGCAGACCUAGACGAGAAGUUUUCAAGACUGACCGUGAAGACUAGGGUUUCCAAACCUUCUUCAUUCUCCAGCGAAAUAGAAUUCGACGACCCGGACCCGGACUUUCUCAACAUCCGGGACAAAAGACUUAAGAGCGAAUCUGGAGCCGCUCUUGUCCGUACACGGUCAUCCAGCUCAGCAGGGAGCUUGGGGUACGACUCAGAAUCAACAGGCGCUUUGUCAGCAGAUAGAGGCCGACGAGACGAGAGUUCCUUUGCUGACAGCUUCUCAGAAGGGUGGGAGGGACCCAGCAGCUGCAGCAGUUUCAGUGGCGGCGCUUUCAGUCGUUCCAGCAGUAUAGGAAGCGGAGGAGAGGGGAUGGGGGAAGGAGGAAAAACAGUGCAGGAGCGGCGGGGUAAGAGCAAGCUCAAGUCGGUGACUCUAGAUCUUGCACGGACGAACAGCGAGUCAUUGAAUGAGAAGCGGGAGCAGGUGCUAGGCACGUCGUGUGGGACGCCCAAGCUGGAGAAGAGUGAGACCCUCUGAUCCAGUGAUUGUUACAUGGGUAGAUGGAGGUCUGCAUUUAGGGUGCUGUAAACAAUGUAUGGUCUGCUUGGAUAGUCGACUUCGCUCAUACCUACUAGAUACUGGUAGCUUGCACAGGAGGCCUCCAAGAGAAGGAUUCUAGAGUAGGCCUUGCAGUGUCUGUAUGCCCCUGCUCUUCCAAAUUCGUAGAAAGGUGAAUUGCAUUAC